AUGACUUCGACUACUCCCCUCACUCCUCUCACAUCUCUCCGCACCACCCGAUAUCUAAUCCCUGCACAUAAGCACAUUCCCAACACUACCCUGCACAAUCGUCCACUCUUGAUCUACCAUUCUGCGUUCACCUCACCCACUCUCAAUGCUUCGCAAAUCGAGAAGCACCUGAACCAGGUCGGCAUAAUGGCACCUCAGUGGCGAUAUCUGAUGUACCAGACAUCGCACUUCCACAGCACGACGCACGAGCUGCUCGUAAUAUCUUCCGGAUGUGCACGGCUGCUCUUUGGUGGUGACGAUAACCCAGGGGCAGUUAUAGUUGAUGUUCAGAGGGGGGAUGCUAUGCUUUUACCUGCAGGUGUUGCUCAUCGUCUCCUGGAGGAUCUGUCCUCAGGUCAUGGCCUGGAGCAGAGUUUCGAGAUGGUGGGUUCAUACCCCCUGAAUGCGGAGGAAUGGGACAUGUGCUAUGGAGAUGGAAGAAAGGGAGAAGACCAGGAAGAAAUUUGGGGGAGAAUCAGGAAGCUAAGCUGGCUGGAGAGGGACCCGAUUUAUGGAGGUGAAGGACCUGCGCUGCAGUGUGGCAGCCCGAGUUGA